GUAGCAAGGCACACGCUGUGCUGCCUCUAACGCUUUCUUUUUGAACCAAGAGUCAGGAGCAGUCAUCAGGACUGCCUCUCGAAAUGUCUAUGUCGCUGACAUUUUUCUUGGUACAGCCUACAGGAAAUGGGACAGCAGCAAUCAGCAAAUAUAGAGCCAGAGGAGAUCGAUGAGGGUGCUGUAUUGGUGGCAAAAGUAGAAGACUUCAAGACUUCUAAGAAACUUAGAACCACUGUGAAUGAUAGAGAAAUUGUGGUAUUUCAGCACUUGGGGAAACACCACGCCUUAGAUCUCCGCUGUUACCAUUCAGGAGGGCCAUUACACCUUGGAGAGAUUGAGGAUAUCGAUGGACGGGCUUGUGUUAUUUGUCCUUGGCACAAGUUUAAAAUAGUUUUGGAAAGCGGUGAAGGCCUUUAUCAAGGAUUUGACCCCCGUGAGCCCAAAAGAACCAAAAAAUGGUUUUCUAAAGGAGUGAAGCAGCGGACUCACAAAGUGACUGUCAGAAAUGGUGGCGUCUAUGUUACUCUAUCAGAUACUAGUACUAUGUGGUGUGACUCUGAUUGCUAUGCAAAAGAGAAGUUUAUUGACCAGACUUGCCCAGAUCCAGUAACAUAAGCUUGUAUUUACAAUUGCCAUUUUUCUUGUAUUUAUUCUGUUUGUGAUCCUUUAUAUUAAAAGGUUCUGACCCAGUAUAUGUGCUGAUAUUCAGAGGUUCCCAUGCAUUGUUCUAAAUAUAUAAAAAAGCAUAAUACAAUUU